UGGUCGUUACGUACGACGAAACGUAGGAAAAAAUCGCGUAUAGACGAUUCCAAUAAUAUAUAAUAGACGUAUACAGAGACUUCAACGCGCUUUAAACAAAACGAGACUGUCGCUGAAUCGAAAAUCCCUGGGCGGAUAGUGAUGGUGACAGUGAUGGCGAUGACGAUGGCGAUGGCGACGGUGAGAGCAACCUCUACGAACUUCAAUGUGUGUGACAUCACGCUUCAUUGUUGGAGGUUUACGUCAUUCUCGAGUCUGGUCUUGAGUUGGUGCGCGCGAUCUACGGUAGUCUAGAGAGAGACGCGUGUGGACGAGUGGCGGGAAGUGUUAGAGGCGAGAGAGGCGAAAAACACGCGAAUCACCGUUGCGACUGCGCGAAACGUAUUGAGCACGUCGUUUUUCAUCUAAACAAAAUUAACGACAAAACCAUUGAAGCUUCGGUUGAAAUUAUAAACGCGGAUACUCGUGAUCGAUGUGUAGAAUGAGAAUUAAACGUUUCGAUGUAUCGACACAAAAUUUACAAUAAGGAAAGAAAAGGAGAAAGGGUAUUGUGUCGACGUCGGGAGGAGAGAGGGUAACCGAGGGGGAUAGACAAGACGGCUGAAAGGGGAGGGGUGCGAGAGAGAAAAGGAAGAGCGUAUAAAAGAUAGACGAGGAGAACGAUACGAAGCGCGACGUUCAACGGUGGUAGAGCGCUGAUUUGUGAUUUCAUCGACGGUUACUGAUUUCGACGGAACAGCUCGAUGCGGAUCGAGUGCGUUGCGCUUUCGAACGAAGGGGUACUUUUCGCGCGGAUAAGAUUGCGCGCGAUGUCACUAGUGUUGGGGAGAGUUUUCACGAAUAUGUAACUUAUUUGUGAUCCACACCUAGCAGUGGUUCUUCGACGACGCGUUCUUACAUUUUAAAUAUAACGGUGUAUAAAUAAGUAUGAGCAAUAGCAGGGUGCACAAACGGAGCUCUCACCGUUAAUUUUUCCAAAGGAUUUACGUUCGGUUGACGCGGUUUUUAUUUACGCUUGUGACUCUUAGAUGAAUGCACGUCAAAUGCAGUCAGAAUCGAUGGUUUUCUCCUCGAAGUUUACCACAUAUGUUUUUCAUGCGUGGGCAUGCAGCACCGAACUAUCGUCAAGGAAAAUCCAAAAUUCUCCUCUAUUGGACGAUUAAAGGGUAGAUACAUUGGAUGGACAUAAGCCUGUUUGGUUGUGUGUCAUUUUUUAAACAAUGAGGUCUUAUCAUACAUCAAUAAAUGCAUAUGUCGAUAAGUAUCGACAAAAUCUGUGUGAAAGACACAUACUACGUAAUGCUGUUGCUUGUAAACUGGAUGCAAAUAUGCAAAGAGCAUCAACUUACUGAAGAUUGCUCGAUCAUCUGUUUAGAUACCUAUAUAAUGCUCCAAGAAUUUUACAUGUUCGUCGUUGAAUUGGCACGUUUGUGCAAGAAAGGAACAGCCGUUUCUAUGAGCGCCUCUCGUUCGUUACACUGUGAUGGAAAGGAUACGAACAGCAAAAGCGGUUCAAAGAGAAUGGCAUAUGAGGUAUUUCUGGGUGGAUCUUGUAAUCCCACCACAUGGAGGUCAGAAAUAGCGAUACCGACUCUUCAGAGCCUCGGAAUUACUUAUUACAAUCCCCAAGUGUCGCACUGGGGACCAGAACUGAUAGCUCAAGAGUAUGAAGCGAAACAGACGGCGAAAGUGUUACUCUUUGUGAUUGAUAACCAAACGCGAAAUAGCGCAGGCAUCAUUGAAGCAGCUCAGUUAGCAGCUACACGUCGCGAGUCUUUAAUUCUAGUUAUUUAUCCGUAUCGUCAGGGUCAAAUGAUAUUCGGCGAGAUUGUAUCCACUCAGGAAUAUUACGACUUGAUGAAUGGACUAUUGGUACUUCAGUACCUUAUGGAGAGACAGAGGAUACCAAUAUUCGAGAGUGUAUCAGUUGCUCUUAAUUGUACGUCCAAGGUUCUGCGCGAAGAGGUUAACGUGCAAGAUCUGCAUUCCGAAGAUGGCACUAGACCAAUUAAAAUUUCACUCAGUCAAAAUGGAAUGGACGCGGUUACGCUAAGGGAGAUUUUCAAGUCCAUGGAUAUUAAUGACAGCGGAAGCGUUAAAUUAGGAGAAGCUUGGGUAGCGUUACAAUCGAAUGUCAAAUGCAACUUGUCGGUUUCGGAUCUUCUGAAUGUCGUAAAUAAAUCGGAAACAUAUAGGACGUUGAUAGACGAUGCAUUUCCAGCCAAGAGAGAUUUAAUGGAAUUGCGGAUAAACUUUGAACAGUUCUACGCCCUAGCCACCGAAUCAGCUUGGAGGACGAAGACAAACGGCAUUUCUUGUGAAAGUGAGAUACCUUCAGUUUGGAGUAUAUUAUGUAGGAAGGCUUCAAAAUUUCUUCGCAGAGCUAUCGUGCAACCUUUUAACCGUUUCCUAGAUUGGACCAAUUCCUUCGUGCCUGAAACCGAGAAGAGAGACUUGUACAUUGGAGUAAUCGGCAAAGAUCAGUUUUGGUUAGAAACAACUGCAGCAUCCUCCAUCGAAUCUAGCGGUUUAUCUCUGUACCGACCAGGCCUGAAUGAGUACAACGUAAAGGUGUUGCCACAAGAAUUACAGAAAAUGAAAAAUUCCCGGUUAAUAUUGUUAAUCGUGCCACAGCACUCUCGUGGCAUCACCAUAAUGGCACUUGCAGCUUAUCUGAUCGGAUUACGCGCAAAACUGGUCCUGUGCGUUCAAACGCUUCCCGAAGAUUGCGUAGUUUCUGGCGAGAAGCUAACCGAACAAGCCACAAAAGACUACAACCGGGGAAGAAUGUACCUGUCGGACUACGCGACGCGCGAAGGUUUCUGGUUGGUGUCACGCGAGAAGACAAUGGCCACGCAGCCCGACGAUCCGUACCCGGAAAUCAUCAAUUCCACGGACAGAAGAAAGACCACUAGUUUCGGGACUCUGUUGAUACGAUUUCUUUCGAUUUACUGGAGAUCGUUCGUGAUAGUAUUAUGGCCACUAAUAUUGUUGCCCAUCAUCAUCGUCGAGACUACUCAGGUGAUAGCGAUGCGAUGUCUGUACGUGAUCAGUUUGAUGGCGUUGUUUUGGAUGACCGAGGUGGUUCCCUUACCGAUCACAGGUUUGAUUCCUGUCGUCGCCUAUCCACUGAUGGGUAUAAUGAGCACCGGCGAUACUUGCGCCUGCUACAUGAACGACACCACGAUGAUGUUCGUCGGUAGCAUUGUGAUAGCAAUCGCCAUAGAAAACUCUGGCAUACACAUGCGGGUGGCUUUGUUGAUCAUUAAAACGAUCGGUUGCAGCCAUCGAAGAUUAACGCUGGGCUUGUUCUGCGUGACCAUGUUCCUGUCUAUGUGGAUCUCGAACACCGCCGCUACCGCCAUGAUGCUACCCAUCAUCGAGACCGUUCUUCUGGAACUCGAAACGCAAGGCUUGGGUAAUAUGUUUGUACGCGAGGAGAACGGAUGUGGCGGGGAAGAAGGCACAGAGGAGGUAAAAAGACCAACGCGCACGACCAUGGUCUAUUAUCUCGUGGCGGCGUACGCUUCCAGUCUUGGAGGCGUAGGCACGUUGGUCGGAACAGGCACCAAUUUGACGUUGAAAGGUUUCUUCGAAAAGCGGUUUCCAAACAGCUCGGGCAUCAGCCUGACUUCGUGGAUGCUUUAUUCGGUUCCGCCGAUGGUCUUGAUGGGCCUUCUCACGUGGCUGUGGCUUCAGAUAAUGUAUAUGGGAAUGUUCAGGCCAGGAAGCAAGGACGCGCGCGCCAUUGACAUUGGCGUGCAAGGCGAGGAGGUAGCGGAGACCGUGAUCAAAAAACGAUACAUGGAACUUGGCCCGAUUACGUGGCACGAAUCCUGCGUCGGUGUCCUCUUCGUCACGGUCGUUCUACUUUGGUUCUUCAGAAAUCCCGGAUUCGUACGCGGCUGGCCAACUUACAUCACCGACUUACACGUCAAAGACUCGACAGCGGCGGCUUGCGUCGCCAUUUUGUUUUUCGCGUUACCGGCCAAGCUCGAUUUUCUUCGAUCGUUCGACGCCGAUCCUGCCAACCGACCCACCAAGCCGUCGCCCGGUAUGAUCACUUGGAAAAUGAUCCAUCAGAAGAUGCACUGGAGCCUGAUCUUUGUACUGGGCGGUGGAUUCGCCAUCUCGGCCGGCAGUACCUCUUCCAAUCUUUCCUCCAUUGUAGGAAACGCUCUGAUCGCUUUGCAGUCGAUCGAUCCGUUCGCGAUACUGGUUAUCGUCUGCCUCUUUGCGGAAACCGUGACGGAACUGACCUCAAAUGUUGCGGUUGCGAAUAUCAUCCUACCAGUUUUGGCAGAAAUUUGUAUCGCUAUACGACUACAUCCCUUGUAUUUGAUGGUGCCCGCCACUAUCUGUUGUUCCUUCUCGUUUCACUUGCCAGUGGGUACACCACCGAACGCGAUCGCCACUACGGCAGCUCACAUGAAAACCAGAGAUAUCGCGAUAGCUGGGAUUGGACCUAGCGUUAUUACGAUCCUCGUCACAACCGUAGCAUUUUCGACAUGGGGCACAUACGUUUUUAAUUUGUCAGAGUUCCCUGACUGGGCGACCUAAAGUUUUUACGAGUUCAGUCGUGUAUGGCACUCGCCUUUACCUGGGACGUAACGCGCAUCGAUCCGAUUCGAUCAAUGUUACACGAAAUGCAUCAUCGAUCGAAGCGUUCAAAACGUUCAUUCAACUCCAACGAAGUAUUUGUUGAAUGUAACGCGAUCGAGAGUUUCACGCGAGUUUCCUUUGUGAAUUUCUACUCGUAAAUCGUCCAGAACGUCGAUCGUGUAUUUGCAGCAUAGAAUGUGAAUUAGUGAGAAAAACAGAAAGGGAAAGCAAAUA